AUGGUUAGCCAAUCGAUUAUAAAAUGUAUCCAGAUACCUAAUAAAUAUCAUUAUAAGCAAGAAUGGGUUGAUACGAUACGAAACCAAGGAUCAAUGGAAGAUAUUAAAAUAUUGGAAAUAUUUUCAUUUGGUAGUGUAAAUGAUAUAAUACGGUAUCCAGAUAUUUAUAAUUUUAUUUACAAUGAUCAAAAAAUGAUAAAUAAAAUAGAGAAAUUAUGUUUGAUAGAUAUCAGUAAUAAAUAUCGUACUAUCAAAUAUGAAGAAAUUCGAAAAACUUUAAAUAAUUUUGAAAUCAAAGAUUUUGAAAUUGAAGAGUAUUUAAUUCAAUUAAAUGAAUUUUUCCAAUGUAAAAUUGAUUCUAUUGAUAAAGUUAUAGAAUUUACCAAUGUUAUGGAUUGUAGAGACGUGUAUUGUGGUGAAAGUGAAUUAUACCUUGUAGAUAUGAAGAAUAUAGUGACCAAAGAUUUCUUAUUGGAAUCUUUAAAUCAAUGGAAGAAUAAAUUAAAUAAUGAGAUAAUAGGUAAAAGUGAGUAA